AGACCAGACCGAUGCUCCCAUAAGCCAAUCACAUGCCCAUGGCCUUGACUUAUUAACUUUGAGCCUAUCACGGUGUGUUAUUGUGGAUCCCUAGGACGACUGGUCCUGGGAACUAACCUCACUGUACCAAGGCCACCUCAGUGCUCACAGCUGCUGGUCUCCCAAGAUCAGAGACUGAACGAAAAAUGAGCUUCUCUGUUACGUUCGCGGAGCUGGUGAACAUUGCGAUUGGCACGCCUGAGCUCGGCAACGUCAACUUCAAUGCCCUGCAUGUCCUGCUACACGGCCUGCUGGAGCACCUCCAGAUCCAGGAUAUCAAGAAGGAGAUCUCCCAGGAGGAGAGGGAUUUUCUCCAGGCUGCCCCUAGCUUUACAGCGGAAGGCCAGGUCCAGGAGCAGGUCCCCCUGGAGAGGAAAUCCAGCUCGCUCUUUCACCAGCUUCAGGAGAGGCUGACAAGGGUUGAAAGUCAGCUGAUCCAUCUGAAUAAUCCCCCUACCACAGCACAGCUGCUGGCCCGGAGCCAGCCCUUCAACAAGCCUGCUGAGGAAAUGUGGCAAAUGAUGCAGUUGAAGAAGAAGAUGGAAAUGAACGAGGAAGGAAUGACUAAGGCCAUGAACACGCUGCAGGAUCUGCUCACUAACAUCUACUCCCUGCAAAGCACCGUCAACAGCUUCCAGGAAGAGCUGGGGGUCUUGAAGGAUAACUUCCAACAAGUCGGCAUGGAUGAAAUGAGAGAGCGGCUCACGCAGCUGGAUCAGCAGAGCCAGCUCAUCCAAGCCAUCCUGGACAGGCUGGACAAGAUGCAGGUACAGCUGAUUUCUUUCCCCGAGCAGGUGGACAUAGUGCAGUGGAGCUCUCUCUUUGAUUCGCUCGCUGACAAGAGCCCCUCAGACCCAGUGCCCAGCCUCGACUCAAAACGGGACACGGUCAGGGAGGCCCUUGGCAAGCUGUGCCAACUGCCGGAGAAGCAUGAAGCCUUGGGAACCCGCAUCAGCCUGCUGGAGAGUGAGCUCAAGCAGCAAGUGGAUCACCUAGCCAAACUUGGGAUCGCAGAUGACGUAGCCGCAGAUCUGGAGAGAAUGAAAAAUGAAAUAAGCAGCCUACAAAGCAAAGAAGACAAGGGGAGUGAGUUUCAGAGGGACUUGCAGGCCCAGGUGCAGAAGCUGAAGGAGCAGUACGAGAAGCUGCAGAAAGCCUCGGAGAGGCUGCUGAGCAGCAUGGGGGAUUUCCAGAACCUGCGGAUGAUGGUUCAGCAGCUGGACCUGAAUAAAGCAGACAAAGCCCUGCUGGAGCAGGAGAUGAAUGUGAAAGCAGACAAGAGUGCGCUGGAGGCCAUGGUGAACCAUGGGGAGCUGCAAAGCGCCACUACUCAGCUGAACGAGAUGAUGCAGGAUCUGCUGCAGAAGAUGUCCCUGCAGGACAACGAUUGGCAGAAGGCGCUGGAGAAGCUGUUCAGUGACGUGGACUCCAAGUUGGACCACAUGGCCCUGGACCCUCUGCGGAAGCAGCUGGAGGAAGUGUGGAAGUUCAUUAAGAAGUAUUUGAGUGAGGGCCCCCGCUUUGAUGCUGAUAGUGCCGCUGGCUUUAAAAGGCAGCUCUUUGAACGAGUGAAGUGCAUUUCCUGUGACAGACCCGUGGCCAUGAUGACUGGGCCGCACCUGGUGACAGUCCGAAAAGCAAAUCUGCUCUCACGGCCACGUCCGGCUAGUGCCAACGGUUACGAGUACCUGGCACUCAAGCAGCGAGCAAGGGAGCAAGUUGUAGAGGGCAAUGACGGGCGUGAAAUGACUAGCCAUGGGCAGCUCUCCUCCCAGCAGUGCUGGCAAUGCCAGGCACAUGCCGCCUACCCCAUCAAGCGAUUGUCCAAGGUGAAGGCUCUUACCACCAUGUACCCCUACGGAGACCCGACAGUCCUCACCUACGAUAACAGCGAAGUGGAUAUCCUGGGCAUCAACGGAGUUCUCUACAAGGGUAGGGUGAGCUCACAGCUGGCAAACCGGAGUGUCUCUCUGGAGAAGGAGUUCUCAGGAGCAAAGACCCCCCGGCCACCCUCCAAACAUGGGAUGGAAAGAACGCACUCCGCCACCUCCUAUGGCAGCCACUAUGUGUCACCCUAUGCAUCCUCUGCUGUCCGGAUGAGGGCCACGACCGCAGGGAGCAAGUCGCAGCCUGCCCAAGAGCUGCCGGCCAGCAUGGUGCGGGUGAAGACCGAGCUCCCCCCGGGGCAGCUGCCGAGCGAGGGGGGCGUGGCCAGCCUGUGAGCCGCAAGGGGCUGUGGCAGUUCCAUGGGCCCCGCCCCCCCCUUCCUUUACCCACCAUUCCUUGUGUAAAUACUGUGCUAUGUCGCUGUGCGGGACGGCCAUCCCCAGGCGUUCCUGCUGCACAUGGCCCCUGGACGGCAUCGCCAGCGGGCCAGACCCACCGUCUCCCGUACAACCGGGCCAGCGAGCGGGGUUUCUUACUGGGCAGGGCACGCUCCAUGCAGCAGGGACUCACCAGCCAUCAGCUCCACCAGGAGCUCUACUGGGGGCAGCCAUGCGGGGGGGGCAGGAUGGGGGCAGGGAGGGCUGCCCCUGACAGAAUGUGUCACCUCAUUAUAAACCAGUCGCUCCCCCAGACCAACCAGUUCUGCCUUAACACAGAGUCACAGGCAGGAUCCACGAGGCACAGAGGGACCCCUGGGGCAGAGCCGAGCCAACCGCCCACCAGCAGGAUCCCCAGGCCGUGGGAGCUUGUGAUGAGUCCCAAAGGCUGCCCUGCUCAGGGACCUGUGGCUAGCUUGGCUGCUGAAUCGUUAUAAUGAUCACCCAGGUCCAGGCGUGUUGCAUUGAGGUCAGGGGAGCUCCUCUGGGUCUGCAGGGGGGAGAUCUCUGGCCCUUACACAGUCGUCUAGCCUCCCUCCCUCCCCCUUACCUGGGUUCCCAGGAGAAUUCCCUCCCUCUGUCCUGCCACCACCAGACCAGCAGGCUCCUGCUACUGUCGCCUCCAGGGCCCCAUACGUCUCCAACAAACUGGGUCCCUCCACCAAGUGCAGCACUCCUGGCACAUGAGGAUCUGGACCUCCAGCAGGGUGCAUCACUGCAUGGAUCACCUUGAUCCGCGAGGCACCGAGGCCUGGGGUUCUGAACAAGAGCCCAAGCACGGCAGCACGUGCAGGCCUCCACCAGACAGCGCCAGAUCGGAUUGCUGUUCCUGGGCCUGUCCACACUCCAGACCCAGCAGGGGCCCUUUGGUUUGGCCUGCGAACACACUCCCCUUUUCCCUCACAGCGCUGGGCUUGGAAAGCAGGCACCCCAGAGCUGCUGCCCGCCCUCGCAGCUGUGCAUUCACAACAGACUAACUUAAGGGACUCCAUAAAGUUUUCACUUUUCUAAGCGGCUUUGGGUGGGAUCGUUUCAUGCUGGCGCCAAGGGGAGAACCCCACUGCAGGUGGUGAGAGGUUACUGAUCACAUGCUUGUUGAGGCCUGGGCGCUGGGCCACAGGGCAUGAGGGAUGGCUGGGAACAUCCCCUUUUACCAUGAGCAGCAUCUUGCAGCCUAUGCCUGCAGAGCUGUUGGGGCCAAUGCUGACCCGGUUUAUACCAGUGUAAAUCUGGAGUAACCCCCCAAAAUGACAGGAGUUACACCAGCGUGAGAUCAGUGACCAGUCCUUUGCCUCGAGGUCAGAGUUUCUAAUCCAGUCCAAGCAUGGGAAGAGAAAAGCCGUUCCCACCUGGCAGCUUAGUGCUGGCCUUGGUCCAUCUUGUAGUACUCAGUGUCACACCAGGCCAGCGAGGCCAAGGAUAAGAGGGCCAUGGCGGCAGAACAGUGAGGCACAUUGGUGCUGUCCCUGUUUUGUGGCCUCAGGGGUAGCGUGUCAGUCCAGUGCCAUAUUCCCCCACACACUGAGGAAGGUAGUUCGCUGGCUGCAGUGGUUUGAAAUCACUAGACUCUGUCUCUUCUACCGGGGACUAGUUCUGCCUUUGCUCACACUCAUGUACACCAAUUGUCCCUCCAUUAUGGGUAGGUGGAGAAAAGGUGGAGAGAGGUGAAGUGACUUGCCCAGGACUGAAAGGAGGAGUUGGUGGCAGCGGUAGGAUUAGAAUGCAGACGAUCCUGGCUCCCAGGCAUCUGCACAGCCCUGCACCUCUGAGAGAAUGGCAUGCUCUUGUCCACAAGUCAGGCCUGCAGUGUUGGUGCCGGUACUUGGGGAAAGCUAGCUGGGAAGGACUGAGAGCAUCAUGGAGCAGAGUCCGUGGCCAGUGCAUUGGGCCACGAGAGCUGGUCCUGGAGCAAUGCCUGCACCAAUGCAGGUGCCAGAGCACUCAGCCAGUGGCAGCAGCAUUGCUAAGGCGCAGAAGCAUUGAUAUUUAACAGUGGGCUCCCUCUGACAGAGCCACGCCACACGUUGUUCUGAGAACAGGUGUCCUUGUCAAGCAAACGCAGAGAGCAGAAGACAGCAGGACAGUCGUGUAGUGCGUUCCUGCCAGCCACUGUCAGCGUCAGGCCUACCCAGAGUGGGAAUUGCAUUUGUAAAAUUCAGCCUGGCAAGUGGCUCCUGUUGUGCGAAGCGUGGGCACUGCCAGUGUCGCUUCUGGCUCAGCCAGAGCCUCUCUCAGGCACUGAGGCCUGGUGGUUCGGGCACUGGCCUGGCGGAGCCCUGCACUGCCUGAUUCUGAGUGGCCUAGGAUAAAAAAAGUCUGCUCUGAGUCAGGCAGAGCAGGGCCUUGAAGCCGGCUCCCCCUCCCGCCUUCCCGGACAUUUCAACACAAUCCCGAUCCGUUUCACAACAGAGCAAGGGGCUGGGGUUGGCCCAAUGAGGAACUGAAACAAAUGAUGAAACCUAUCAAAGUUGCCGUGAAGCAGACUGUCGUCUCCCGGUCAGUGCUAGUCACAUGCUUAGCAAUCUUCUGCCUGUGGCCAAUGCUCUGGGCUCCAUGCUGGCUGGUUUGGGCCCAGGCUGGAAGCCCUGGCAGCCUGCAAUCCCAAGGACCGUGCCAUGCAGCUAGAUCAACCAUGGACCCAGGCAGGACAGAUGGGGCUGCGUGUCAAUGGUUUGUUUCUCUCUGCAGUGAGAGACCCUAGUGGGUGCUUUGGCCAAUUGCCCAUCUGUCAUGAGGGCUCUUGGGAGAGGAGACUGCAAGGGGUCGGGGUGCAGAGGUCCCAUUUCCACGAGGCCCAGCAGGGGAUAGUCUCUGCUUUCCCAGCAUGUGGCUGAGGUUGGCACAUGAACAAGAGCGAGCCAGCUCAGGCCCUGUCCGGACAAGGCCAGAAUGAUGCUUGUAGGUUUUGGAUGGAGCCUGGGGAAAUGGCGCAGCAGAGGAAGGUGGGGUUCCAGCCCUUUGUCCAGCCAGUCUGCACAGUGGGGAACUCCUCAUUUGCUCCUGGCCCCAUAAGGCAGUGGUUUUCAAACUGUGGGUCAUGGCCCAGUACUGGGUCAUGGAAUACAGUAUAAGGCACUGGGUCGUGGUGGUUAUGAUCAACACCGCUGACCUGGCUGUUAAAAGUCCCGGCAAUGGUGCUGCCCGGCUAAGACAGGCUAGUCCCUACCUAUUCUGACACCGUGCUGCACCCUGGAAGCAGCCAGCAGCAGGUCCGGCUCCUAGACUUGGGGACCAGAGGGCUCCGCACACUGCCCCCGCCCUGAGCACCAGCUCUGCUCUCCCAUUGGCCAGCAGCUGCGGGGGGGGGGGGGGGUCUGUGGAUGAGAGCCACACGGAGCCGCUUGUGCACCUCCACCUAGGAGUCAGACCUGCUGCUGGCUGCUUCCAGGGUGCCGCGUGGUCCGUGCUGCCAGGACAGGCAGGAAGCCUGCCUUAACACCCCUGCUGCACCGCUGAUCAGGAGCCGUCCAAGGUAAGACCAUGCCCCAAUCUCCUGCCCCAGCCCUGAGCUCCCCCCAAACCCAGAUCCCCUUCCUGCACCCCAAGCCCCUCAUCCAAAGCCCCACCCCAGAGCCUGCACCCCCAGCCCAGAGCCAAGUAGUCACCAAGAAGGAGUUGGAAGAAUCACAAAAGCCAGGUCCCAUAAGCAAGAAUCACGGUCAGAGUCAGGCCAGGGUUGGAGAUCAGAAGCAAUAAGAGGCUAGAAUCAGGAGGCAAGGUCAGAGUCAGGCUGGAGUCAAAGACUGGAGAUCAGGCAAAGUCUGGUGUUGCAGCAGGCCAAAGCCUGUGUGGUUGCCCAGACAACUUCAGGCAACCCCGUGGUUUAAUAUGGCAGUUGGCCAAUCAGCAGGCUACAGGGUACCGUCAAACUGGGUGUCUUGGGUGGUACUUCCUGUGGCACCUACUCUCCACAGUGCCCCCGGCUGUGCUUCCAUGCGGUCUCCUGGUGGCACUGUGAGAACAUCAGCUGUUCCAGGCUGUACAGACCCAGAUUCUAGUCCCCUGAUCCUUACAUCACCUUCCUCUGGGUGGGCGCUGAGCUAGGUUUAUCUGGGUGGCCUUGAUUAAACCUUUCUACCAGGUCAGCAGCAUGGACAGAAGGUUUCCAGGAGCACUCUUCAGGACCAUUGCCCUUCCACUUGAUUAGAUAGUACAGUCUCUCCCUCUAGAGUCAAGGAUAGUCCCUUUUCACAUCUCCAAAGUGGUCCUUAAGCUCCUCCUGGAUAUGAUGAAUUCACUGGAUCCAGUUGGCAGCUGCAGGGUUCAGGGAGACUGCUGGCAAGGCUGGGUGGAAGCGAGAGUGGAAACCAUAAUUGGCAAAGAAGGGACUCUGCAUUGUUGUAUGAGAACUCAGCAUACAGAAGGAGUAAGAACCAGUUGUCUUUAUGAUAGUUGACAAAGCUUUUCAGGUAUUGCUCUACUACUUGGUUUACCCUCUCUGGCUGCCCAUCUGUCUGGGGAUGGUAUGUGGAGCAGGUAAAAGCACGAAUGUUGAUUAGCCAGAGCACUUCAUGUCAAAAUCAUGACAUAAAUUGCAGGCCUCAGUUUGAAGUGAUACAGUCUGGAAACCCAUGAAGGCAGACUACAUGAUCAGUUCAUCUAGAACAGUCAAGACCACUGUGUGGCCAACAGAGUCAUGAUGAAGUUCAGGGUGAUUGAGGCCCAGGGUCUAGAUAGGGUCUCCAGAGGUACUAGAGUGCCAAGGGGCUUAGCAUGUGGCAUCUUGGUGCAUGCACACAGCUCACAAGAAUUAGCAGUCCUGGACUGACUUCAGGUUGCAUACAUGGCCAUCAGAAGAAAUGGCUACCUUAAGACCUUCCACAUGGCUUCCCAAAGUGGCCUGCCAAUGGAGGUCAUGACAGAGAUGGAGCACUUCUAGCUGGGAGUGCCCCGGUGGAAUGUAUAUGCACCCAUCAAGGUAGGUUAUCCCAUCCUGUGUGGAGUGUUGCAUCUUGGUUCUGGCUUUUGUUUGCUCAGACUGUUCUGUCACCUCCUAGGCUAAUGGAUUGCCCUGCAAAGCAGACCAGAUUGGAUCAAGCAAGUCUUGGUGUAUAGUGACACUGAGAAUGUUGCAAGGUUUUAGGAGACCUUAGGUUUUAGGGUGGUUCUUGGCUAGCUCCUUGCCCUCUUGGUAGUAUUCGCCCUUUCGGGAUAAGGCAUCAGCUUUCCCGUUCCUGGUUCCCAGGCAAUAGGUGAUGACAAAAAUCAAACUGAGGGAAGAAUAAUGCCCACCUGAGCUGUCUUUGGUUCAAGGCUCAUGCCUUCCACACAUAUGCAAGGUUCAUAUGGUACGAAAAGUAUGGUACUUGCUCUGAGUGUCAGGCUCCCUUCAGGUGAUAGUGCCAUUCUUUGGAGGAUGAUUUGUUUGCAAGUAGUUCCUUAUCCAAUAUUUCAUAAUUCCGUUCAGCAGGGGUGAGUUUUCGGGAGUGGUAGGUGCAGGGGUGCAGGACUUGCUGUGGACCAUGCCUCUGGGAGAAUAUCACCCCUAUGGCUAUGUUGGAGGCAUCAGCUUCCGCUAUGAAUGCCUGAGCUGCGUCCAGGCAUGCUAGAAUGGGAGAGGUGGUGAAAGCAGCCUUGUGUUGUUCGAAAGCACGGGGAGCUUCGGGUGUCCAAACAAAUUUGGUGGCCUUGCAGAGGAAGUUUGGAAUGAAAUUGUCAGUAAAAGUUCACAAAGCCCAGGAAGCACUGUAACUCCCAGCAGGACUUGGACAUGGUCCAGCUACACAUGGCUUCCACCUUCUGGGGCAGGGAUCCAUCUUGACACCCUCUGGGGAAAGGAUGUAACCCAGGAAUUCUGUAGAGGACUAGUCAAAUUUUGUGGCCAGGCCAUAAACACAAGUAUGUCAUCGAGAUAGAUGACUACGUACUGGUCCAGGAUGUCUCUAAAUUUGUCAUUCACAAAAUGUUAAAAGGUUGCAGGAGCAUUGGUCAGCCUGAAUGGCAUUACUAAAUAUUUGAAGUCCCCGUAGUGGGUUCAAAAUGUGCUCUUCCAUUCAUCCCCUGCCCUGAUGCACACAAGAUUGUAAGCACCCCAGAGGUCCAGUUUGGUGAAGAUUCUGACAGACUGCCCUUGAUCUCAGAGUUACUAGAUUGUGUGCAGAGGAUACUGAUAGUGUAUUAUUACUUGGUUUAGGGCCCAAUAGUCUAUGCAAAGGCAUAGCAUUCGGUCCUUUUUCUUGAUGAAAAGGGAUGGAAUACUAGGUGAAGCCCUUGGCUAGGUUUUCCUGGAUGUAUUCAUGAAGGACUGGCAGUUCAGGCUCGGACAUCACACAGAUCCGUCCAUCUAGGGACCUUCACCCUGGAUUGCAGAUCUAUAGGGCAGUCAUAGUCUCAGUGUGGAGCUAGUGUGUCUACAUUCUUUGAAAACACGUCUCCAUAACCCCAGUACUUCUCAGGGAGAUGGAGACUUAGGCUUGGGAGUGAUUUCUUCUGGCUAACUGCCACUAUCUGGAGUCCUCCCACUGGUGCUGUCAUUUCUGAUUGGCCUCAGCAGCCCAGGACCAGAAGAUUGGGGCUGGCUGUGCGCAGGCAGACCCUUAGGUA